AUGGUCAGUAAAAUGACAGUGUGGAUGGUUCUUGCUAUUUCAAGCCUUGCUUCUGUCCCAGCUGGUAAGGAAGAAAAAAUUCACAUGAAGGUGAUGUGCAAAGAGAAAUGCACGCUGUUCACAGACGGACGCCUGGUCCAGGAGACGAAGCGGAUCAGCGUCAAAGAUUGGAAGAGGGGGAUCUUCAUAUCUCUGGACAGACCCACUAAUUUCGACGACAAAGGCUGGCCACAGGCGAUGACAGUGACCAACCUUUCAACCUGCCUCUCACAACAGAACCAGCUCAUCGGCAGUCCCUCUAGCGUUCUCUGCGGACCAUCCUACUUUCCAUCGACCGAGAGUUCUCCCUGGAUCUGGUCCAACGUCUCCCUAACCCUACCCAUCCAAUCCAAUCAAACAAACGGCAAAUCAAAACGCUCGUUGAAGAGCUUAGUAAGCGGUGGUAAUGUGGCUGGAAUACCAGAUCCAAAAAUGAUAAGGGCCCUCCUGAAAUAUGCUGGUUUCAAUGCGAUGAGGACGGUGUGUAGGAUCAAAGUGGCCCAUGUCGAGGCGGCCUAUUACGAUUACAACUACCCCCAACCUGCCCCCAAGCAGCAAUCCUUCACGACUGUGGGGACGUUCGGUAGAGUGAUGUCGGCCAUCUCCGUUGGUCUGAAGGCCACACUCGGCAUUUUUAGCAUUUUCGGGUUCGGUAUGGUGUUUUUCAUGAUCUUCAAACCGAAGACUUUUGCCAAUUUCGUCGAAAAGCACCGAUCGUUUUCAUUUCUGAGAAGGUUUGUGAGAGUGAAAGCUGGUGACGGCGGUAAUGCUAUAAAGGGAGAGGAAAGGAAAGGAAAAAAUGAGAGUGCGAGUGAGGGUAAAAGAGAUAAUGAGUUAGGUGAGGGGGAAACCGCAAAAACGACAUUCCUGUUGAAUAUCUUUCGAUUUUUGAAAAAUAAAAAAACUAUUCAGUCAGUCAGUCGGUCACUAACUUUUUGUAUCCACCCCGGGCUGAGUGAUGGCUUUGUGGUUAAGGUCGCCUGGUGCCGUUUUGCAGUAAACGAGUUCGAAUAUGACAAAAAGAUCCCCGCCUAUCACAUGCUUCGUGUGUGA